CAAAUUGUCACAUUCACAAUUCACAUAAACUUAUCAGCAUCACCGUGGGCUGCAAGCUGUAAUCAAUAAUUUUAUUAUCAAUAAAACUAAUUUCCAUUUCUUUUUGUUGCACAUGCUUUAAUCAUAUUCCUUUCGAUAAACCAUAAGUCACAAUGAAAUUAACAGUUAAAAAGUUGCAAGGUGGAGAGUGUUGUGUUGAGGUACUACCAACCACAUCAAUAUUUGAAAUAAAACGCGAAGUGGCUGGAAAAUUAGCAAUACCUGUUGAAGAACAAAAGCUCCUGUUACUAGGGCGCACCUUAGCCGAUGAACAGACUAUUGAGUCAUACCCGACCAUAAAGGACGGCACCAAACUCAACCUUGUUGUGAAAAAGCCGGACGGUUUAUUUGAAGCUUCAUUGAAAUAUUUUAAAAAGUUAGGUAUGACUGAUAAAGAUGCCACAAACUCGGCUAAUAAGCUGCUAAAAAUUGUAGAGGAUAAGUUUAAUAAGUUGUCUUGGGAUGAUAUAGACCGGUUGUCUAUGGAUUGUCUUCUAGAGGAAUGUGGCCAGAGCCGACCAGUUGUUGAGAAUGAACCUGAGAACGAAGACAUGUAUGGCUUGUGACCCUUCAGGAGCGAAUUGAUUUACCUCUUAAAUCAAAUGUUCUGAUGUUUAUGGCUUUAAAAGACUACAUUGAUAUUCAUUAAAAGUACAUUCUCUAAUUAUUUAACAAUGUUUUCUAUUUGUUGAAGAUGUUUUUUUUACUGACAUGUAUGCAACAUUCUGAAAGGCCUGAUUUAAAAGUACUCUUGUAUUUUGUAUGAAAAAAAGCUACAUAAGUUAUCCUUUUACUUUUUAUUUCAUAAAAUGUACAAUUAAAAUGAAAUUGUGAACAAGGCAUCAUUUUAUUUGCUUUUUAUUUUAUUUCAUAUGAUGUUUUAUGUGAUUAUGUCAUAGCCUAACAAUUGUAUGAAUUAUGCUCUAAAAUAAGUAUACAUGAUUAUAUGGCUUUCCAUCAGUUCCAGAAUGUUUUUCUGCAACUCUAAUUCCUGUUGCAAUUUCAGAUGAAAACUCCUUAUAAGUGUGUUUUCAUAUUGUCCUAUCUGGUAUUGGAUGUAGGACCGAUAUUCCAUAUAUUAAAGGCGCCAUCUGUGAUCUUUCCCUUUAACAUCCUUCCUACAUCUAACGUCGGAUUGGAUAAUGUGAAUACACUCUAAGGCUAUUGCACUUUAAGUAUAAGCCUUUUAUGCUGGAAAGUCACAUAAUAUUUAGCUAGUGUCCAUACAUACUUUUGCACCAUUCUUACUAGUGCAUUCUUAUCCGGUGUUAGAUAGGAAUAGGUGUUGUCAUUCCCUUUUGUCCUAGCAUUAUGAAUGGUGGUGGUCCUGUAGGACAGAUGGGAGAAGUCUAAUACUAUACAGUUGAUCAUCAAAAUAAACAUUAAGAUAUGGUGUUGUUGAUCCUUUUAAUACAUACAAAUCAUACAAUAUGUAAUUAAAAUCUAUAAUUCUGAAUGUAGUUAUUUUAGUCUGAUACACGUAAUAUGGGGGUUUUUAUUGUAAUAUUGUUGAUGAUUAAGCCAGGAAUACACUAGGUGACAAAAUGUCGCACGACACCUGUCGCCAGCGUCGUUGCCAGAUUUCACUCGACAUGUCUGACGUCAUGCGACAAAUGUCGCCAGUAAGACGCGCCAUCUUCAGAUAGACGUAUCGUGGGACAUUAAGUCAACUAGUAGUAUUCCUAGCUUAAGGAUAUCUUGAGUGCUGACAAGUUAGUUUCCAUACAACUGUAAUUGCGUUGUUAACUAAAUUUAGUUUCUACAAAAUAUUAUCUAAAUAGAAUAACUGUUGGUUUUAGUUCUUUAGGAAAAUGUGGAUAUUCUUGCCUUUAAAAUGUUAAAAACUAUACGAUUCAUUUAUUGAAAAAGCUACUACAAGUUUGUAUGGAAACUAUUAACUGUAACUUAGUGUUGUGAUAUACUCUAUUAUUUUAUUUGUAUGGACUGUAAAUAUAUUUUACUGAUAAGCUUUGAUCAUUCAUAUAAUAUAUUAUAUUUGAAGAAUAAGUUAACUGCCCGUAGAUUACUACUCCUGGAAGCUCAAUUGUAUUUGAUAUGAGGUAAAUAUCCCAAUGAUUGACACAAAACUAGUGCAAAUUUAGUAUUACUUAAUAUAAACACAAGUAGUGUGGAUUUAAUUAUUUAAUUUCAACUAAUAGGGAACUUGACUGUAGUUAAAAUAUUUAAUAAAAUAUUGUAUGCCAUGCACGAAAUAAAGCAUCAGAUAAUUAUAAAAGAAACAUGGACAGAAGUUAU